UAAAGAACAAAAACAGAUGUGAUUUUUGUUUUAGAAGCGCUGACUUAAGGCUGGGCAACAAGAACGGAUUACAGUGCAAGGAAAGGAAGAGAACCACCAUGCUGCGGACAGUUAUCCCAAUUGUUGCUUGUCUUGUUUUGUUCUUUGUCAAAGGUGAGGCUAAAAGUAAGAAGAAUGAUGUUGGCUGUGACACCGAGUGGACUGGCUGCAAAGUGAAGGACGGACGAUGCAUAUGCCACUCAAAGAUUGCCUGUGAAAAUCCAUUUGAAUAUAGCACUGAGGAAGAAUGCAAACAAGAUCUUUUCUAUGAUGUAUGUGCUGAAAAUCCUUGCAAACAUGGUGGACAGUGCGUUCAGUUGGACAACAAAAAGUAUCGCUGCAUGUGUGAAGGAUCACUUUAUUAUGGCAAGAAUUGCCAGAAAAAAUGUCCAUUUGAUCUGUCCACUCUCGAUGAUGCUGAACAAAUCCAAGCAGAAGCAUGUUUUUAUUUUUAAAUUAUCUUAUACUGGUUCCAAUAGUGUAUACUUGCAUAUAAGACAAGGUUUAAAAUAGCAAAUUACAAUUGCAAAAAAUUUUAGGUUUUUAAAAUCAUGUUCGUCUUUUGUGCAGAUCGUCCCUAACACACAAAUUUACUACAGCAAUGAAGCUACUAAAAUAUUAGUAGGCCUAUGAAUGAAUGCAAUUUUAAAUAAGGGGAAAUAAGCUUUUAACUUUAAAAUCUCUUAAAUGGUAUAAUGUAUUUGGAAGAUUAACCCU